AUAUAUAUAGCGAGAGAGAGAGAGAGAGAGAUAGAGAGAGAGAGAGAGAGAGAGAGAGAACAAUGGAGGUAUCGAAAUACAAGGCGGUGUUGGCGUUAGUGCUUUUGCAGUUUACAUUGGCCGGAGUUGCACUCUUCACGAAAGCUGCAUUCACGGAAGGACUCACUCCCACCGUCUUCGUUGUUUACCGUCAAGCCAUCGCCACUGUCUUCAUCUGCCCCAUCUCAUUCUUUUCUGAUUGGAAAAAAGAAAACAAACCUUCUCUGGGACUACGAGGCUUUUGGUGGGUGACUCUCACGGCUGUUUUUGGUGUGACUCUGAAUCAGAACGCUUAUUUUAAAGGGGUUGACUUGUCUUCUUCAUCCAUGGCUUGUGCCAUGACCAAUCUUCUUCCUGCUGUCACCUUCAUUAUCUCCGUCAUUGUAGGAUACGAGAGUAUUAAGAGUAGUAUGAAAAGUGUUGCAAAAGUAAUAGGAACAGGUGUGUGUGUGGGAGGAGCCAUGACAAUGACUUUUCUCAGAGGUCCCAAAUUGCUAAACGCCCUGCUCAACCAAGACAGCAACACUUGGUUACUCGGCUGCAUAUUUCUUGUCAUUAGUAUAUUCGCUUGGUCCCUAUGGUUGAUCUUUCAGAUUCCUAUUGCCUCUCACUGUCCUGAUCACUUGUACACUUGCUCUUGCAUAUGUAUCAUGGCUACCAUAUCCUCUUUCCUCGUGGCUCUCGCCUUAGGCAACACUCAUUUAUCACCAUGGAAGCUUGAUUCCUCUUUGAAGCUCUCCUGUUGCAUAUACUCUGGCAUCCAAUUGGCGAUAUCUUUCUUUCUACAAGCUUGGGUCGUGUCACAGAAAGGACCUCUGUUCUCUGCCCUCUUCAACCCUCUUUCAGCAAUCAUCACCACUUUCUUCGGGGCUUUGUAUUUACAAGAACAGACUUACCUCGGGAGCUUGCUAGGCGCUUUAGCUAUCAUCCUUGGUCUCUACGUUGUUCUCUGGGGAAAAUCCGAAGACUAUGAAGAAGAAUCCAUAGACCUAAAAUUGGAAGAUGGACACACCACUUCCUCCCAUGCUGACAUUGCUUCCGUUGUGAUUGGUGAUAAGAUCUUCCGUAGCUCAGAGCUCUUAGAACCUCUUCUCAUGUAAGUUCUAUCGAAGUCAGUGUAAGGAGAUUUCUUUGACAACAGACAAUUUUUAGAAUAUGGCAGUGACAGAAAAAAGAAAUGGCACUUCGUUUACAAAUGUCACUCGUCCCAACAGAUGUAGAAGCUACUCCAUGCACAAAACAUUAGAAAAAUAGAAGCACAAAAGACAAAUGUUGCAAAUUUAAGAGAGAAAUUAAAUUGAAAUUUAAGACACACGGACAAAACAAGCCAUCAACGAGUUGUAAAUCAAAAGUUAAAAAUUAUCAAAGUCGUCGGCCCAUUAAAAGGCCCAUAAAAUAUUUUAACCUAAUUCGUCGAUAAAUAUAAUAAAAGAGGAUAGCACACCAUCCGCCGCCGAUCCCUCCCUAAAGAAGCAAGUUAAACGACAUGGAGAGGUGGUUGAUCAACGGAGAGAUGGUAUCCUCGAUUCCGUCAAUGUCAAAUCCUGGAAACAGCAGGAAGAAGAGGAAGACAACGACUAUGACGUCGUCGAACAAGAAGAAGAGGAAGACAACGACUUCGACGUCGUCGAACAAGAAGAAGAAGAGGAAGCCAACGACUUCGACUUGGACGCCGCAAUCGACCACAAAUCCGUCACUUCCCGAUGAUUUGCUAUUGUUAAUCAUCGUACGCUAAUACAGUAAACCUAACAAUUCCACAAUCAAUCAACAAUUCAAACAAUAGAUUGAAUUGACGUUCAUAAAACGCGAAUUCAACUCUCAUGUGUUAGAAUCCAUGAAGGAUCUCAAUCUGACAACAAUGAGGAAUCACACACACAAGUCGCAAAAGAAGAAGAAGUUUA